AUGAACACCAUCAUUGAGAUUAAACCUAUGAAGGUCUAUAAAUCAUUAACUUUCAUCCGCUAACUUGCUUAAUAUUACUAUCAAUACACCUAUUUGGAAUCCAUUCAAGAGGAAAUCCUCCUCAUUACUAGAUUUUAGGAGAAUUCUCUUAGUCUCUUUGAAGAAUAGGAAAUUCUAUGA